CUCAUAUUGCAGCAAGAAGUAACUAAUGCCAUAAAAUAGUUGCACUAAGCUGGAAAAAAACCAUUCGAAGACAUAACGUAAAAUGAUCCAUGUAGUUUUUCUUUUUUAAAAAAAAAAAAAAAAAAAUCCUUCACGGAUGGAACAUCAUUCUUUCUCCCCUCUUCUUUCUCCUCCAUACAUCUAGUUCAUCCUUGAUCUGAUCUCCCUUCCAACAAACCAGGUGAUACAUUUCGGACAGCUUUUUUCCAUUGGUAUUUCACAACUCUAGAAAUUAUUAUUAUUAUAUAUGGAACUGUUCCAGAAAGCGAAAACGAUUCGGCUGAGGAGCUACAGGGACAAGUACCUAACGGCAUUGGACGACGGAGAAACCGUGAUCCAAGAUCGAGACGGGUCAGCGAAGAACGCGACCUGGACCGUUGAAUUCGUGCCGGGAACAAACAACGCGUUACGUCUCGUAAGUUGUUACGGAACGUAUCUCACGGCGUCAAACAUACCCUUCGUGCCCAAAACGAUAACGGGAAGAAGAGUUCUUCAAACGGUCCCGGAAAGCGACAGGGAUCCAAGAAUCGAUUGGGAGCCCAUUAGGGAUGGGUUUCAAGUAAAGCUUCACACAGCGAUUUGGGGCAAUUUCCUGAGGCCCAAUGGAGGGGUGCCACCGUGGAGGAAUUCGAUCACGCAUGAUAUCCCACAUCGGACGUCGACGCAUAACAAGAUGUUGUGGGAUGUGGAGGUUGUGGAAAUUCGGAAUGUUCCGAAACAACCUCCUAACAAUAAGGAAGAUCAUCAUCGGAGGGCUCAUUCUGAUUUUACAUUCAACCGUUCCAGAUCUUGUUCUUCUUCUAAAUCCUUCUUGUCUCGUAACUCUAAUGUCUUAAGGCCUCAUGAUUUUGUUUGAUCCAUUUUACUAUAUUAAUUAAAUCGGAAUCGGGUAAUUGAGAUCAUUUUUCCUGGAUAACUAUUAACUAGCUAGUAUAGUAUGAUCCUUGUAAUAUAUAUCUGGAUGUGUGCGGGUGUAUUCUUUAUAACCAUGGUCACUAAAAGAGAGAAAAAGAAAAGGACCCCAAAAAAAAAAAAAAACAAGUUUAUUGGGAGGAACUAGACACUAGGGCAAUUGUUUUUCACGAUGCUUUGGUGAAAUGCUGGAACGUUCACAGUCUUGUCGUCCCUCACUAAUUACGAUCUUGAUUUCCCUAUUUACUCUUUUUUUUUCCCCUCUUUGUGUAUGCGAAAAAAUGAAGUUGUUGGUUAUGAGGAGAAAGGAAUUUGAAGAAAAGGAAGUAUUUAUUCA